ACACAUCAUCAUCAUCUGACACAGAAGCAGAAUAAAACCACAACCCUCAUUCGUUCACAACCAACCAACCAUCCGAUCUUUCUUUCCUUUAUGGAUCCUAUCUGUACAUUUAACCACUUCAAUUUUCUCUAAAUUCUGAAACCCUCUGUCACCCCUCUCUCUCUCACACAGUCACACCCUCACAAAGAGAGAGAGAGAGAGAGAGUUGAAAAAAAUGGAGAUGGUGCCGUACGAUUCCGACCCCAAAUCAGAAGCAAACAGCUUCUAUCAUCCGUGGCCAGACAUGUUCCUAUCCGGCUCCGUCAGAAAACCCGAGACCAACACCGCCCCCGCUCCCGCGACUGAGCCCCACGCGCCGCCGCCGCCGCCUCCGAUCGCCGCCAGCAAGGAUUCCCUCUCGAACGAUCCUCAGGUGCGCCUCGCCCUCUACAUAGCGAUGGCCCACGCGGGCCUCGCCUUCACAAUCGUCGUCCUCUACGGAGUCUACAGGCUUCUAGAAGAUUUCCUCCGCCCCAUUUUGUGGGCAGUCAUCUGUUCAAUCCCUCUUAGAGGGAUUCAACAGACCCUCGUCGGAUUCUGGUCGGAGCCCCUGAAAUUAGGCCUCACGGAGACCACUCUCGCGAUCCCCGUCGCCAUUUUCCGAGUCUUCGUCGGAACCCUCGUCGAGAUCAAAGAUUUAGUUCUCAGAAUCGCCCUCAAGAGGGAAAAAACCGCACCUUUAAGAAGGAAAAAGAGUGGUUUCUACAAGUUGUUGAAAUGGCUCGUGUCGUUCUGGCUGUUCGUCAUGGCUUACGAGCAAAUCGGCGCCAUGGGGUCCGCCUCGAUUCUCGCGUUGGGGUUUAUGUUCACCUCUAGUGGAGUCGAAUCCACUAUGAGCAGAGUCAGUACAUUCAGAAGCAACAGCUUUCGUCGCCUCCCGAUGAGUUCUUUUUUUACUAGAGGGAUUUUGAACAGAUUGAAAACUUUCGUCGCCGUCGGUUUGAUUGUUGCGAUGAUUGUGGGGUCGUUGUCCGGCUUGAUUUUCUUCUCGUAUAAAAUCGGAGUCGAAGGAAAAGACGCGGUCUUUGCACUCAAAUCCCACGUCGAAAAGAGUAAUUACGCCGAGAAAAUCGGUGUCAAGCAAUGGAUGGACGAAAAUGACGUACCUGGAAUGGUGGACACCUACUCCACAAAGCUGUACGAAACUGUUUCCGACCAAAUCGACAGCCUGGCAAUGCAGUACAACAUGUCCGAAUUCGUAAAUGGAAUCAAGCAUUUCGUGAUAGUCCCGUCAGACAAUAACUCCUCUUCGAAAUCAACGGCUCUGAUGAGCCCUUCGCCCUAUGCAGAGAAAAUCUUGAGCAUUAAAAACAGAGUCAGUGAACGCGAGUGGGGCCAGAUAUACACGGAAAUAGAUGCGAUAUUCAGAGAAGUGGCUAUUAGUCGAGAGGAUUUAGUGGAGAAGGCGAAAGGGUACGCCUCUCAAGGUAUGAAUGUGAUGCAGAGUGUUCUGGUCAGCAGUACAUCGGUUUUGGGCGGCAGCGCUAAGCUCGUUUUCUUGAUCGCAAGCUCGAUUCUCUCUGGUGCAGCGGGGCUAUUCAAUUUCGUUUCUCAGUCGAUGGUUUUCUUUUGGGUUUUGUAUUUCUUAAUCACGUCGGAAUCUGGUGGAGUGACGGAGCAGGUUAUGUGCAUGCUACCUAUUUCCCAAUCCGCUAGAACUCGGUGCGUUGAGGUACUGGACAAUGCAAUUUCUGGGGUUUUAUUGGCUACGGUUGAGAUCACAUUCUUUCAAGGGUGUAUGACGUGGCUGCUUUGUAGAUUAUUCUCGAUACAUUUCUUGUACAUGUCGACUGUGCUUGCCUUUAUUAGUUCGUCCAUGCCUCUUUUUCCUUCGUGGAUAUCAACUAUUCCAGCUGCUCUGCAGCUUGUGCUCGAGGGUAGAUACGUAAUUGCAGUUGGACUUGUGGUUAUUCAUUUUGUGCUUAUGGAUUACGGUACCACAGAGAUUAAAGAGGAUGUUCCUGGUUACAAUGCUUAUCUUACAGGUCUCAGUAUUCUUGGUGGAAUGACGUUAUUCUCCUCUGCUUUCGAGGGGGCGAUAAUGGGGCCGCUGAUAACUACUGUUGUGAUUGCUCUCAAGAAUUUAUACGUCGAAUUCGUUUUGGAAGGACCGAAGGAGAAAAGUGAGUAAGAGAAGAAAAAAAUGAUGUUUUGGUGACAAGUGUGUGAGAGAACACAUUCAUUCUUGAGCUGUGUUUUUCGAGUGUUUUUAUUGCUUCUGUAAUCACAUGAGGUUUGCCUUGUUCACCAACAUGGUGUGUAAACUGUAAUGUAAUACGAAUUCGUUGAUUCAAAGUCGUGGUUUAUAGGUAACUGUAUAUUAGUACUUGUGAA